GUUCAAUUUAUACCCCCUUCUCCUCUCAGUCUCUCACACAGACAAACACACAAGUGGCCAGUCCCCUAACCAUCUCCGCGACCGGCCUCGACUCCCAAGCAACCACCAUGCCACCGCCCAAGAUUCCACAGUAAACGGUUAACAGAUCCACUCACAACUCAGAAAUCAUCGUCAGCUCCGAAACCGUUGUGGUGUCGACAAUGGGGAAACGGAAGCCAAAGAAAUCAACAAAGACGGCAACCCCAAAAAUAGACCUAAUCAGUAACUUACCGAAUUUCUUGCUUUUCCAUAUUCUCUCGUUCCUCCCAACAAGAUGUGCAAUGGCCACCAGCAUCCUGGCUCGCCGGUGGCGCCACCUCUGGAAGGAUCUUCUAGUCUUGCAUUUAGACAAUAGUGAAGAGAGUCCUUAUUAUCUGCCCGGAGGGAGAGAUCGAUUUGUUGAUUUCGUCGACUCUGUUUUCGCUCAGCGCACGGCUCCCCAUGUCGAGAAGCUUCGCCUCACUUGUGAAAUACCUAUAGAUAAAAGGAAAAGCUCCAAAACAUGGUUUCGUAGUGUUGUUGGUCCCCACCUCAAAGAGCUGUAUCUCGAUUUAACUCUCCAUAACCACAAAGGAUAUGGAAGAGUCAAAUUGCCGGAAAAGGUAUUAACCAGUACAUCACUCGAGUCCCUUGUUUUGAAAGGUCGUAUGUAUUUGGUUGUUUACGAAGGAUUUGGAUGGGUUCGAUUGCCAUCUGUCAAGAACCUAGAGUUGGAUCUGGACUGUGUGGACCCGAACUCUGUUAUAUGCAGUUGCCGGGCUCUUGAAAAUCUCAAGCUCACUUUACGUGAAGCAUUCCCAACUAAGUCAUGGGAAACUCCUGAACUCCACAUGCCUCGUACGUUGAAGCGUUUAACCGUAAUACAGGCUGAUGAAACUGAAGAAGAUCUUAAUGAUAUUGAGGAACUUGUGAUAAAUACCCCGUUACUCGAAUACCUAAGUAUCACAUUAUGGGCAAGAUGCUUACAGGUUUCAAUUAGCGAUUAUCCCAACAUGGUGGAAGCUCAUCUUGAUAUUGAUCAAGACAAAGAGCAGGUUGGUUGGGUGGUUGAGCUUUUCAAGGCACUCCACCAAACAAAACUGUUGGACUUGAAACUUUCCACUAUGGAGUGCUUGCUUGUUGCUUCCCGUUUUGAGUUGCCAGAAUUUUCCCGUUUAGUUAAUCUAGAGCUUGAAAUUCCAUAUUUCGACUCUGGAUUUAUGAUAGAAUUGCUUCAUAACUGCAAUAUGCUUCAAGUUCUCACUCUUCAUAACCGGGAGAAAGUUUCCACAAUGGAACUUGAGGAACCUAAUUGUUGGAAACUGCCAACCAAGGAUCCUGAUUGUGUUAUAUCACAUCUCAAGAUUUUUGAAUUUAAAGGAUAUCAAGACUCUGCAGAUGAACAUGGAUUUGUUGCAUAUCUUUUAGAGAGAGGACCUAUUUUGGAGACAAUGAAAAUCCAUGCUGAUCCUAGUCUUGGCCUAAAGUAUAAAAAGCGCAUCCACAAGGAAUUAUCUAGGGUACCAAGGAGCUCCAAAACAUGCCAAUUAAAAGUUACCUGAAGAGCCAACAGUUACUUAUGAUGCAGUCUCUCACCGUCUCUAUUCUCUCUUCUUGAUUUGUUUUAUUUUCAUGCGUCAAUGUCACUUGUGUUCUUGAAAUAUUUGUUUAAGCUUUUGAUUUGUCUGAUCGGAUUAUUUGAAUGACUCUUCAAAACAUUGCUGGGUUUGGUUUGGUAGUUCUGGAAUUUGCUUGUACCUUCUCCCUCAAUGUCAGUAGAAUAUCUUUGACUUCUUUGA